GGGAGGGCGGAGCCAGGAAGCGGCGGGGGCGCGGGUGGCACAGCUGCGGGCGUGUGGAGACAGGGGCCGCGGAGCCGGCGCGGACAGCGGCGCGGCCAGAGCCCGGCCGAGACAAAGACGGCGGACAGAGCCAGUUUUAAGUCAAAUCUGGAAGCCAAAUGAGAAGAAAUACUUAAGAACAAGGUCUACUGCUAAGGAGUCUGAAGUCACCUGGGUGUCAUAUGGAACAUUCUCAACUCAGAGGUAGCUGAGUAAGUAAGUGACUACCUGCUACAAGCUUUGGAUCAGUAGAGCAGUUCUUUCCCUUCCUGCUGGUUUGGAGACAAGUCUUUGUAGAGUGAGAAGCAGAGAAAAGAAACAAUCAAACCUUGUCUUUAAUUGACUGUAUAAGACAUUUGCCUUCCAAGAACAAAAGCACAGUGAAAUUAAUGAUUGUGACAGCUACUCAUCAUCCUGUGGAUCAGAGUUGUGGAGCUUCCUGAAUAGAGAUUUGGAGUCUUCUCUGGUGCUCAUCAUACCUGGACAGAAGGCAUGAGUGAAUUCUGGUUGUGUUUCAACUGCUGUAUUGCAGAGCAGCCUCAGCCUAAACGGCGACGACGUAUUGACCGAAGCAUGAUUGGAGAGCCGACCAACUUUGUGCACACAGCUCAUGUGGGUUCUGGAGAUCUGUUCAGCGGGAUGAAUUCAGUUAGCUCCAUUCAGAACCAGAUGCAGUCCAAGGGAGGCUAUGGAGGCGGGGUGUCUGCCAACGUGCAGAUGCAGCUUGUGGACACGAAGGCAGGAUAGCUCUGGUUCCCUCAACGUCAAUGUGAAUUUCUGUAUUUUCUCUGUCUACUGUUCUAUAAUUUUUUUGUCUUGUGAUUGCAUUUCUUUUAAAUUUACGAAAAAGAAGUAUGGCGGCAACCUGUUCACCCUGUGACUCCAGUGAGACGCUCCUGCUCCGGGGACGGUAGCGUCAGGCCCCCUGCCAUCUGCUUCAGCCAGCAUGCAUGCCUUCGGACUCUUGGACAGAGUUCUCGGGAUUGUAGCUGAGUUUUCAAUGUUUAAUCGAUGUGGAUCUGACCUUAGCAUGAUCUUUUUGUGAAUGCUAGCACCAUUUUGCAUUUUUUUCCAUUUUAAGCCUUUUCUUCAUCCUCCAGCCCUUUGCCUUAUGAUGUGCCGAUGAGACCUGUAAUUUCCGUCGCUGUUUGUGUAUGUCUGGAAGGUGGGAGACCAACAAGCACAAUGAUCAUUUCAUCUGUUGGAAACUUGAGCAGAGGCGUCUCUGUACGCUCCAUGCUGUUGCUUCCUGGGAGCCCGUGGAAGGCCCGCAAUGGACUUGUGAGCUGCUGUGGGCCGAGGUACUGCUGCUGUUAGGGAAAGUUUUGCUGUGGCACCAAGUCACCUCAGUUUCACAGAAAGAUAACUGUAGCGUAUUUUAGAAGUUCUGCUUUUUGUUCUGUUUGACUAGAUUGCGGUAACAGAACAGCUUAGUCCAUAAGGCGUUUGCUUGAUUGUAAAUGUUCAGUGUAUUUAUUUUGAGAGUAAGGACCUGUGAUUGUGAGCAGGUAGGGCUGUGUGUCUGAGUGUUGUGGUGAGCCCUGUUUGGUUUCUCAGCGCUUCAUCCCGUCAGCCCAUCUCAUCCUCCUUCUGGUAUCCAGUUUCCCACUGGCAGCAGGGUGCUGGACUCUGGCCUCUGUUCCUAGUUGCCACUUGCAGUUGGCCUCCAGCGUUCAAAUAUCACGGAGGCUGUGGCAGUUGCUGAGAGCAACCUGUGACCUGGCAGUCCGCCACAUAGUAGCUUUCUGCUGGUUGGUGAGAGGCCUUUGCUCAGGUUCCAUUUGUUCUUGGUUCAUGAACCGCUGUGUUCUGCGGGGGAGUGUGCAGUGAGCCAGAUGCUGCUGUUACUGAUGCUUCGUGCCUAUCGAGCCUUUCAUUGAUUAGCAUUCAUCUAGCGAAUGGGACUUGAUUAAAAUUAGUGAGCUGUAGGCACUGAUGCCAUUGCCUGGAGAAGCCACGUACAGCCAUCUCUUGCCGUCACGAGAAACAACUGCAGAGACGCUAAGCUGGCGCAGGCCAAACAUGAAGCAUUUUGCCUCCAUUUCUCAGUUUACCAGCAGAAGGACCCUGGGUAGCUUGAUCUUUUGAUUUCGCCAUUCUUAACAUUCAUAGGUGUGAGUUCCCAAAGAGUCAAGGAAAAGCAUUUCAUCCUUUUGUCUUUAGGUCACCGUGUGGACACUGCAUUCUGGCACUUGUCACCCUGCCCCUGCUUGGCCAGGGCCCAUUUCCCAGGGGAGCACCACUGUGAGCACUUGUGAUAAAUUCCAUUUUCUUGGCAUUAUCAGCAUUGCUGGACUUGACUUUUAAGAUUGGAACAAUACAGGAGGCCGUCAUACCCUCUCCUCAUUGCUCUUUUGGCUGCUCCAAGGCCAGCCAAGGUUGGAGCCUGUCUUGUUUGGUGCCGAACCGAAUAACACACUGGCGGUUGGAGCCUGUCUUGUUUGGUGCCGAACCGAAUAACACACUGGCCACAGUAGGUCCCAGUACACUCAAGACAGUUACAAAGAUUGGCCUGGCCCAUAGGUUUUUAUGAGGCUUGUGGAUGUUGGCAAUGUGCCAAGAGGCAGAUCCCUACCUU